CUCACUCACUCUCUCUCUCGUGAGGACUCUGCACGUUAAGUUGGUUUUGAUAUAUAUAUAUAUAUACAGUUUCUCUCCAAGAUCAACAACAAAACACCGGUAGAAGUAAAUUUUCACCUCAUCGCCUUGUGAUGGGUUUGCCACAAUUAUCAGCAAUCGAAAAUGGAAAUUCUGUUAUGGUUUCAUGCGACUCAUGGCUGUUAAAACAUCCUUCUGCAUUAAACACAUUCGAACAAAUGAUGAGCAUCGCGAAAGGGAGAAAGAUUGUAGUGUUUCUGGAUUACGAUGGAACCCUCUCAAACAUAGUGGACAACCCUGAAAAGGCUUUUAUGACCAAUAAGAUGCGAAUGACUGUGCGUGAAGUUGCCCGUUACUUUCCCACUGCAAUUAUAAGUGGAAGGAGCCGUGACAAGGUGUAUGACUUUGUUGAACUCGACAAUGUUUAUUAUGCUGGAAGUCAUGGGUUGGACAUAGCAGCUCCAUUAGAGUCUCCAAACUAUGCAGAUCCCAAGCAUCAAACUAGAGGAGUUGAUAGAAAUGGUAAUGAAGUAGUUCUCUUCCAACCAGCGAAGAAGUACUCGCCCACAAUUCAAAAGAUAUUUUCUGCUUUGCUUGAGAGGACUAGAAACAUACAAGGUGUCAUGAUUGAACACAAUAAGUUCUGCAUUUCUGUACAUUUCAGACACGUUCACGAUGAGGACUUUUGCACCCUUGAAAAGCUUGUAAAUUCUAUAAUGGGAGAAUAUAGAGAGUUCUGCGUAUCAGAGGGCAAAAUGGUUUUUGAGAUACGCCCUGAUAUGAAGUGGGAUAAAGGGUAUGCUUUAAAUUAUUUACUCGACACUCUGGGAUUUGGCAACUCCAAUGAUGUCCUUCCAUUGUACAUUGGAGAUGAUCGAACAGAUGAAGACGCAUUUAAGGCCAUACGGAAUAGGGGAGAAGGUUAUCCGAUUGUUGUUUCUUCCACUUCAAAGGACACCGCGGCUUUGUACUCCCUACGUAACCCCUCAGAGGUCCAAAAAUUUCUGUUGAGUCUAGUCAGGUGGAGGAAAAACUCGCUUUCCAGCAAGUUGGAUUUCUAAUCUUUGAAGGGAAAAGCCAAAAAAACAGAGAUCAUUCUUGUAAAUGCGGCCUCAUACUCAAACACACCUCUGUAAUCUAUUUUUUCAUUUUGAAACUGUGAAAAAAUAGGAUAGUGUUCCUCCAUACUUGAUUCAAUCCAACGCGGCACGAAAAGUGAACCUUGAUGUACAUAUGUAAUGUUCAUAUAAUCAAGAACAUAUGACAUAUGAGGAGAAAAAUGCAACCGCGGAAAGCAUGGGAUAAUUCUCUAGAGGCUGAGCAAUUUAUAAUUUCUUGUGGGUAGUUUUUUUUAUUUUAUUUUUUAUAUUUUAAUUAUUCAACCCAGUGUAAAAUUUUUUGUUAAUGGGGAUACUGGGUAUUCAUCAAUGAUGUACAUUUGAGGAAUGUUUGGUACAUCCUGAA